UGUGUCCAAGAAAUCUCUCCCACUGAAAACGUACUGACAGAGUUAAAGAAACCUGCAGCUGAAAACGCAAACCAUGUUUACCCGAACUAACGCUCCAUGUUUGUCCCGGAAAAACGGCAUAUGGAAAGCAGUCGGUUCUGUAAUGAAUUUCCAUCGGUCGAGUGGUUUGACUGGGAUGUCCUCACAGUGGCUCCAAACGACUAGCAUGACCCUCCUCCCCCCUCUCCAAAUGACUUCUAACCUGGCAUGAUGGUUAAUGAUCAGUGUGCCACUUCUAGCGUCUCCCAAAUGUCUGUCGUCCCGCGCUUUACACAAACGGCUGUUCCGAAGGUUUCCUGAGCAUGAUGUGAUAAGCGAUGCAGCAGCCAAAAAACAAAAGCUGACGGAUCAAAGGAGAGCGUCCGGAUAAACCACAUCCAGGCUCAACACUGGUGUGGAAUGUCAUCUCAGAACACACUGCUUCUCAGAAUUUGUCUCAAAAGGUCUGCAAAAGACUAAACCGAGUGCCGAAGAAGAAGAAAACACAUUUCCUUUGUGAGAAACUGGAAACUGGAAGUGUGCUGUUACUGGUUUUCGCUGUUCCAGUGGUCUGCAUGGUCCCUGCAGCUCCACCUUGUCAGAUAGCUUUAGGUGGAAAGUGCUGUUCACAGCAACAGCACAAGUCAUUCCCGCAUGGUGCAUUAUGUCAAAAGGCAGUGAUGGACCAGUCAUCAGUACAGAUGCCUCCAUGUGAUUAUAAGCCUGAGCCCUACCAGGGCAUGUCUAAGGAGCGCUUGCUACAGAUCCGCCAGCACAAGUGCAAUCCCAUGACCACGAAGGUGACGUACUACCAGAGACCUGUCUUCAUCCACCACGGCUACAUGCAGUGGCUAUGGGAUAUGGACGGCAGACGCUACCUCGACAUGUUUGCGGGGGUUGCCACUGUCAGUGUGGGGCACUGUCACCCGAAAGUGAGAGAAGCUACAGAGAAACAGCUGGGGCGUUUGUGGCACACCUCAGCCAUCUACGUCCACCCUCAGAUUCAGGAGUAUGCUGAGAAACUCACCUCCCAUCUGCCAGAGCCCCUCAGGGUAGUUUAUCUAACAAACAGUGGCUCAGAGGCCAAUGACCUGGCUCUGCUCAUGGCACGUCUGCACACUGGCAACUACGCCAUCACCACACUACGAGGUGCGUACCACGGCGGGAGUGGGAUGACCAUUGACCUCACCUCCAACGCAGCCUACAAGUUCCCAGUGACCUCCGGGCAGGGCUGUCAUUCCACCAUGUGUCCUGAUGUGUUUAGGGGACCAUGGGGAGGAAGUCACUGUCGAGAUUCUCCUGUUCAGACUACCCGAGAAUGCAAUUGUUCCCCAGGUCAGUGUCUGGCCAAUAACAAAUACAUCGAUCAGCUGAAGGAAGUGUUUGCCACCUGUGUGCCCCACCAAAUCGCAGGGUUGUUCGCAGAGCCCAUCCAGGGAGUAGGAGGAGUGGUCCAGUACCCCAGGAAUUUCCUGAGAGAUGCGUACAAGCUGGUGCGGGAGAAGGGUGGGAUCUGCAUCGCUGACGAGGUACAGACUGGUUUCGCUCGCACAGGAAGUCACUAUUGGGGCUUCCAGGGUCAUGAUGUAAUUCCCGACAUGGUUACCAUGGCGAAAGGCAUAGCUAAUGGAUUCCCGAUGGGAGCUGUGGUGACUACUGAAGAGAUUGCCCGCUCGUUUGGGAAGGGACUUCACUUCAACACGUUCGGAGGAGGCCCUCUCUCCUGCGCGGUCGCCUCCUCGGUGCUGGACGUGAUCAAAGAGGAUGGUCUUCAGGAGACGUGUGAGGAGGUCGGCACGUACCUGCUAGAGCAGCUGGCCAAACUGAGGGACAAGCACGAGAUCGUUGGUGACGUCCGGGGGAAAGGCCUGAUGAUUGGCGUGGAGAUGGUUAAAGAUAAAGUGAGCAGAGACCCUCUUCCACCUGAGCACAUGGAUGAGAUUUUUGAAGACACCAAGGACAUGGGAGUGCUGAUCGGGAAAGGAGGAAACUAUGCACAGGUCUUCCGUCUUAAGCCACCCUUGUGCGUCACUAAAGCGGACGCAGACUUCUUCUUGGCUGUGUUUGACCAGGCUCUGCAGAACUACACAGAGAGAAGAUGAGCAGGAACCAGCGUCAGACCCUACCUGACCAGUCCUGCUUCCAAUCCACCCCGUUAACUGUCCCCUUCCACUGGAAAAGAUAAAUCGCCUCUGGAAAUGUCAGCUUAGUCUGGCUCUCUUCCAGAUCACCUCCACACCUGCCCUUUUCCUCUUAUUAGGACAGUUCAGUACCGGGCCCGAACACUGACCACUGAACGCUGACCCAGAGCCACCCUCGAGAGGACGGACCAAUACUGGGCUUACUGCCGUAUUCCUGCUAGAUCAGUCGGGUGUAGAUGCCAUCUAUGGUCUUCACCUGACCAGUUACACACACAGCUAAUAUGCCAAUGUACUUGAAUAACUGAGGUCUUUACCGGCUUCCAAGAGUGACUAAUUAAUGAAGGUAGGCUUGAAAUGACGUAAUUACAAACUCUAAUGAAUGAAACUAAAAAUACCUCAUUACUAAUAACGUUAAGUAAGGAAAACAGGAGUUUGUGCACAAAGUAAAUAGAAAUGUAGCUAACAAUAAAACUUAAGAUUUAAACAA